AUGCGCGAGAUCUUCGACACGUUCCUGACGGACCCGGUCUUGCUGAGCGAAGACGUGUUCGCGCUGUGGCUCGAGGGACAGAACACAUCGAAUGCUUUGGAGAUUCGCUUCCGGUCGUAUGCCCACCCACCCCCUGUGUCGUCCACGUUGGACUAUAGUGAAACAAACGAGCUGGACCAGUUGCGCGACUUGAUUUGGCGGGACACUGUCGACCAGUACCGCCUCUUUGAGAAGCUCGAGAUGUACUUGAUGCAGCCGCUUCUCCUACGAACGCAGCUGCUGUUCCAAAUACCACCAUGGCAACAGCUCGAGAUGACGGAAAAGUACUACGGGUUUGAUGGAGCCGUCGUACGGAGGCUUCUGGGCAAGAAGCUCACGUCCCGCGCGCAGAAAGAUUUGGACGAAGUGAGCGAGAACUCGCUUCGAACGCUGAAGAACUGUCGACGCCAGUUUGAAAACCUUCGUCGCGUGUAUGUGUUCCUGGAAGAGAAGAAUUUUCAGGGUCCGCUCACUCGGCUCAUCUGCGAACAGUUUUUGAUCUCGGAGAAGCUGGCGGCCAAGUAUGCGUGCGUGGUGUUUUUGCUGCAUGGGCGCUUCGAAGUGCAUCCGUCGCACAAGCUCGUGGGAUUUUUGUCUUGGCACGACGUGCAGUUCUUUGCCGCACUGCUCAUGGGCCAUUGGGUCGCUCCAUCGACCAAACGACAUCACCACUCGAAACUCGACGCCGCCGCCUCGGUGAAACCUCUGUCGUUUUCUGUGCUCACCGAGAGCUCCUCGACGCUUUCCAACGACGGGCACUCGUCGCUCGACUGGCCCAACUUGGCCUUCCUCGAAGCCCGCGUCACGCCCAUGAGUGCCCGCGCAUGCGUCGGCGUCGAUCUCAACCAGCGCAUGACCAACUCAUUGCGAGAUUUGAAGGCGCACUUUUUGAACGAUGCCGACACCCUCAACGAGUAUCGCAACCUCGUCAUGUCGGUGUUGCAAGUGUCGUUGCACGGCAAUCAACUGGAGCACCUGGGGCUGAAAAUGCUGGUCGUGAUUCGUGGGCUGUUGGCGAUCGGGGCCGGUUUGUCCCAGCCCAAGGAACUCAAAGACUUGAUCGAAGACCUUGUCGAUGCGGCCGGGAUCGUGUUCAAGGACUCCAAGCUCCGCCUCGAUGACAUCGACGUCAUCUUUUCAGCGUUGAUCGAGUGGGGACGUCGACUCGCGAUUCUCGGUGGACUGAUUCGUGGUGUGCCUAGUUCUCUCGGCUCGAUUGACGUGUGGUAUUUGAAUGCGGACGACACGCGGCUGCACUUGCUCGCGAGCUGGGAAUUGUUCCUCAGCGUGUGCCGGGCCAUUCUCGUUACAAUUUAUGACCGCAUCUAA